GCGGGCUACCCCAGACUCCCCGGGAGGCCGCGGCCGGCGCGGAGUGGAGCCGGGCGCGGCGCGGACGACGGUGACUGGCGAGCUGCGCGGGCCCGCGCGGCAGCAUGGAGCCCGCCGUGUCGCUGGCGGUGUGCGCGCUGCUCUUCCUGCUCUGGGUGCGUGUGAAGGGGCUGGAGUUCGUGCUCAUCCACCAGCGCUGGGUGUUCGUGUGCCUCUUCCUCCUGCCGCUCUCGCUCAUCUUCGACAUCUACUACUACGUGCGCGCCUGGGUGGUGUUCAAGCUCAGCAGCGCACCGCGCCUGCACGAGCAGCGUGUGCGGGACAUCCAGAAGCAGGUACGAGAAUGGAAGGAGCAGGGCAGCAAGACUUUCAUGUGCACGGGUCGCCCCGGCUGGCUCACUGUCUCUCUGCGGGUUGGCAAGUACAAGAAGACACACAAAAACAUCAUGAUCAACCUGAUGGACAUUUUGGAGGUGGACACCAAGAAGCAGAUUGUACGUGUAGAGCCCUUGGUGUCCAUGGGUCAGGUGACUGCUCUGCUGAACUCCAUUGGCUGGACCUUGCCUGUGUUGCCCGAACUUGAUGACCUCACAGUGGGGGGGCUGAUCAUGGGCACAGGCAUCGAGUCAUCAUCCCACAAGUAUGGCCUGUUCCAACACAUCUGCACCGCCUAUGAGCUGGUCCUGGCAGAUGGCAGCUUUGUGAGAUGCACUCCGUCUGAAAACUCAGACCUGUUCUAUGCCGUGCCCUGGUCCUGUGGGACUCUGGGCUUCCUGGUAGCUGCUGAGAUCCGUAUCAUCCCUGCCAAGAAGUAUGUCAAGCUGCGGUUUGAACCAGUGAGAGGCCUGGAGGCCAUUUGUGACAAAUUCACCCAAGAGUCCCAGCGCUCAGAGAACCACUUUGUAGAAGGACUGCUCUACUCCCUGGAUGAGGCUGUCAUCAUGACGGGCGUCAUGACAGAUGAAGUAGACUCUUCCAAGCUCAACAGCAUUGGCAAUUACUAUAAGCCUUGGUUCUUCAAGCACGUGGAGAACUACCUGAAGACAAACCGGGAGGGCCUCGAAUACAUUCCCCUGCGACACUACUACCACCGCCACACUCGCAGCAUCUUCUGGGAGCUCCAGGACAUCAUCCCCUUUGGAAACAACCCCGUGUUCCGCUACCUCUUUGGCUGGAUGGUCCCUCCCAAGAUCUCCCUCCUGAAGCUGACCCAGGGCGAGACCCUACGCAAGCUCUACGAGCAGCACCACGUGGUGCAGGACAUGCUGGUGCCCAUGAAGUGCCUGAUGCAGGCCCUGAACACCUUCCACAAUGACAUCCAUGUCUACCCCAUCUGGCUGUGCCCAUUCAUCCUGCCCAGUCAGCCAGGCCUGGUGCACCCCAAGGGAGACGAGACAGAGCUAUACGUGGACAUUGGUGCCUACGGGGAACCACACGUGAAGCACUUCGAGGCCAGGUCCUGCAUGAGGCAGCUGGAGAAGUUUGUGCGGAGCGUUCAUGGAUUCCAGAUGCUGUAUGCCGACUGCUACAUGAACAGAGAGGAGUUCUGGGAGAUGUUUGACGGCUCCUUGUACCAUAAGCUUCGGAAGCAGCUCGGCUGCCAGGAGGCCUUUCCCGAGGUAUAUGACAAGAUCUGCAAGGCUGCCAGGCACUGACCGGGGCCUGUCACCUGGAGAGAGAGACAAGUGAACACGUCUUCCCUUUGCUCCAGCUUGGCUGCCUUCUCAGACCCACAUUUUCAGAAAGGCACCCCACCAGAAAUCCUACCUGACAGUCCUGCCUCUGGGAAGCCCAUUUUCUGGGAUAGCCCAGGCUGGUGGAAAGAACAUGGGAUUUAGAAUCAUUUCUGAGUCUGGGUCCCAGUUUAGCUACUCAUUUGCUAUGUGACUCUAAGCGAGUCACUUAACCAUUCUGUGCCCCAGUCCCUUCAUCUCUCCUACUUGCAGGAUAUCUUCUAAGUCAAGCACCUGUCACACAGCUCCGUAAGCAGUAGCUGUUUUCAUUGUUUCCUCUUCAGCAUCACAUCUGACUAAAGUACUUUGGGCUCAACGGCUGAGUCCAGAAAGCUCCCCCUCCCCCAAAUUAGGUCACCUGUGCACAGGUUUGGCUGGAAUGAUGAAGGGAGCACCCUGGAAUAGCAGUACCGUGGCCAGGGUCAGCCAGAAGAGCCCCUCACAGGGAGAAGGAACGCUCUUACUCUUGGAUUUCAGGAGGGCCACGUGUGAGACAGGCAGGCCCACGAUGUGCUGUGCCAAAGCCAGGUCCAUUCCAAAGUUCCUUCUGCUGCCCUUGGGUGACAUCCUGCCUUCCUCCUGCAUGCUGAGGCCUGCUGGCUGCCCCAGCCAUCUGCACAUCCACUCUGCUUACUGUUCCCGGAGAAGGCACCUCAAGAUGGAACAUCCUGGCCUGGGCUCAUUCUUCCUGGCUCCAGCCUCCCAUUGCCCCCACACCACUUAAGAGUAGGGCAUGCGCACUGCUCUGCCACAUGGGGAGGGGGCAGCACCAAGUGGGAAAGUGACGCCCGACAUCGUGCUUCCAUUAGGAAGCUCACUGUGGGGCAGGAAGCGAAGAGCUUCGCUAUUCUCUUGCCCCUCAUCCCCCUUUUUGUUCCCCUUCCCCAGCUGUAGCUAAUUUCAGUGCCUUAACAAAUCCUGAGCUCAGAGAAAGUUAGCUCCAUUUCCGUUCCAGGGGGAAGGGACCUCCUGAAGUCCCUUCUGCCUUGCUACCGAAGCAUGGUUGUUUGUGCAACUUCACUUUAAGAACUGCCCUGCCCUGCUGGGAACCCACAGUCUGAAAGGGAAUGGAGUCCUGGAAGGGAAGCCGGAAUUCAAGAGCUGAGCUAAGUUGGUCACAGCAUAGAUGUGUUGGAGUCAGGGGACCUGGCUUUGGUCCCUGCUCUGUCACCAGGCUGUGCGGCCAUGGGCACGUCAUUUGUCCCUGCAAGCUGCAGUUUCCUCACCUGUCACAUUGGUACAGACCUCCCUGGAGCCUUUCUGCUUCACAUACCAGGGUUGCAAGACUCAUGGAAAGCCUUCUUCACGUUGAAAUUCUGGGGAAGAAUAAACGAUCCAGGUGACAUUUAGGGAUAGUUCAUCAUUUACAGUCCUUCUUCCAGCCCAGGGCCAGCUCCCAUUCCCAUUUUCAGAGAGGCUCAUCUAUGGCUGGCAGGCAAGUGUCCAUCUUGUCCCUUCAGGUGCCAAAAUCCUCUUAGAAUCCCACUACCCAGGGUCUCAUGCUGCAGUGUCAGCAAGCAGGUCCUGUGAGAAUUAGUGCUCAUGCACUCGGAAAGCAAAGGAAUCCCCUUACUCUUGGCCUCUGGAAGAGACAAGAAAAAGUAAGCCUUGCUCUAGUCUGUGGAGCAUGCAGAUUUUGGCAUGGGCUCUGCUAGUGGGUCCAUGUGCGUCCUGGCUCGGUACUAGACUGAUGACUCUACUUGCUGUAGAUGAGUGGUUAACCUGAGCUAGAUUAGUCCAAUAGUGAGAAUGCCAUUAUUUUGCCAGUAAAGCCUCCAUCCCAAAUCCACUGGGGCUAUACCCAGAGAUGCCUGCAGCCUAUAUCUCCCGUGGACCCAUAACCAAAAUCCAGCCCUUUGUAGAGGACCUAUGGCUUGGAAGGUUGUGAUCACACCAGCCUCAGGUUACAGGUUGGUUCUAGUAGUAUCUUGCCUAGAAAGGCAAUCUUCCAGAAUGGUGAGCUGAGAUCCAGCGUGUCUGUCCAUGGAGUGGCUUUGGGCAGGGUUCAGGUUGGUGCCAGCUGUGUGGAAAAGAACAUUAAACCUCUCCCCUUCCAGAGCCCCAGGUCCUUGGCUGCAUGAGGUCAGAGUUGUGGCCACUUUCUUGGGCUGGGAGGAUGCGUUGUUGGUGUUAGUGAAUGGGAAGAGAAGGGUGGGAUGGGUGUGGACGUGUGUGGUGUGUAAUCUUUAUCUCCCCUCCCCGCCCUUUGGUCAUUGAGACCAAAAGGCACAAGGCUCCCCUAUCGAGCUCUUGCAGCCACAGGUACUGUGCCUUCUCGAGAACACAAGCUCCUGUGGCUGUGGGUCUGCCACUUCUGUAAAAAUAAAGUUUGACCUGGA